AUGCAUAGAUAUCAAGAUAGUGCUGUUGAAAUUUUGCACUUAGGUACAGACUGGGACAAUGAUGGGGAGAGUGAAGGGCAUCAAAGAUUUCCUGGAGGCUAUACCCAAACCAAGGCAAUUGCCCUUAAUAAGAAUCUCACUGCCCCAAAUGGUGAAGGAUGUAAAACAUUGUGGAAAACCUCCCUUUUUAAGUCAACUCUUUCUGCAAAGCAGUGUGUUUCUGUAAGCAAAAGCUCCAAUCAAAUAUUCAAACAUACAUAUUUGUGGACAGACCAUUUGGAAAAUCUGGAAAGUUACCUAAUCCAUGCUGAAAAUAAUGAUUUGAACCAUUUUGAAGAUAGGAUUGGCUUGACCUUUCAGUCAAAUAUUUCUGAUAAUCAGAGAUUUAGAAAUGAAGAACAAAGUGCUAAGUCAGAUCUGUAUGAGAGGUGCUUCACUGAGGAGUCAACCCUACAGAAUUACCAGAGCCUUUUCAAUGGAGACAGAAUUACUCAAUGCAGUGAAUCUGAGAAAACAUUUAACCAGGGUUCCAAUGUUCAUAGAUGUGUGAGGACUUGGUUUCCAGAGAACUAUUAUGAAUGUCAUAAAUGUGGGGAAGGCUUUAAUCAAAGCUCUAACCUUAUUAUACGUAAGAGUCUCCCUUUGGGAGAUAAUCCUCAUAAAUAUAAUAAAUGUGGGAAAGCUCUUAAGCAGUCCUCCAGUAUUGGUGAUCAUCAGAGAAUUCAUGAGGGAAAAAACCCAUUCAGAUGCAAUAAACCAGGGACCAUGUUUAGUCAGUCAUCAAGGCUAAAUAUAAAUAAGAUAAUCCCUGGGGGAGAGAAAACUUCCAUUUUUAAGGAAUGUGGCAAAUCCGUUGACUGCCACUCAACACCAUCUCAACAUCAGCAAAUGCAUACUGGAGAGAAAAUAUACAAAUGGGAAGAAUGUGAUAAAACCUUUAAGGACUGUUCAUCGAUAAAUGGACAUAGGCAAAUCCAUAGUGGAGAGAAACUUUACAAAUGUGAAGAAUGUGGCAAAGCCUUUAAGUGGCCCUCAAAACUUAUUCGACAUCACAGAAUCCAUACUGGAGAGAAAUCUUACAAAUGUCAAGAUUCUGGAAAGGCCUUUAACCGGCAGUCACACCUCACUCAACAUCACAGAUUUCAUACUGGAGAGAAACCUUACAAAUGUAAAGAAUGUGCCAAAGCCUUUAAAUCCUGCUCAACCCUGACUGAACAUCACCGAAUGCAUAUUGGAGAGAAACCUUAUCAAUGUAAAGAAUGUGGAAAGACCUUUAAGAAGCACUCAGUCCUUACUUAUCAUUACAGAAUUCAUACAGGAGAGAAACCUUACAAAUGUCAAGUAUGUGGCAAGGCCUUUAAUUGGCCCUCGAACUUUAGUGAACAUCACAGAAUUCAUAGUGGAGAGAAACCUUACAAAUGUCAAGAGUGUGGAAAGGCCUUCAGCAGGCAGUCAUACCUCACUCAACAUCACAGAUUUCAUACUGGAGAGAAACCUUACAAAUGUCCAGAAUGUGCCAAAGCCUUUACAUCAUGCUCAAACCUGACUAAACAUCACCGAAUGCAUACUGGAAAGAAACCUUACAAAUGUCAGGAAUGUGGCAAGGCCUUUAAUUGGCCCUUGGACCUUACUCAACAUCACAGAAUUCAUACUGGAGAGAAACCUUACAAAUGUCAAGAUUGUGGAAGGGCCUUCAGCAGGCACUCAUACCUCACUCAACAUCACAGAUUUCAUUCUGGAGAGAAACCUUACAAAUGUCCAGAAUGUGGCAAGGCCUUUUACAGGCACUCAGUCCUUAUUAAACAUCAUAAAAUUCAUACUAGAUAG